ACGCCACCCAGAAUCCUUUGCGCGAUUAUUGGCCGUGAAGGCUGGCUUUGCAUGUUGUGAGGAGCAUCAUGUUUAUGAGUUUUUGUGAAAUUUUAUUUAUAUGUCAAGUAUUAAAUAUACGUAGGCCACAAACUAUAUUGAAUUGUUCACCGUCUUGAUUAAGUGUACAUUUUAGGCCAGUUUGGAAUUCUAGAAGUCAUGCCGAAAGGAAAGCGAAAGGGAAAGUCAGCAUUUGUUCAGAAGUCCCGUAUAGAUGCAAUUGGACUAACAUCUGAUGAAGAUUCUGUCAAUGACAAUGCAAGUGUCAACAGUAUUGUGUCAGAAACAAAGAGCAUUGCCGAAGAAGGAGGCGAUGAGGUGGAUGAACAGACACAGGAAGAGGUAUUUGAAGAAAAACUGCGAGAGGCAAUUGAUGGACUCAAUCAGAAAUCAGCACAGGGUCGAACAUUAUCACUAGAAUCUGUUACCAAGGCAUUCAUAAAGAAGUGUAUACCGGAUUUUGUGUCUGACAGGCGUCUGACGCUAGCUGAUGGAAUUGAGCGAAGUUUGAAAAAGGGUCGUGGAUCAGAACAGGCAGCAGCAGCACAGUUAGCUCCUCUGUUGUGUGUCCAACUUGGGGCUGGAGAUGAAGCAGAGGAAGUAUGCAAAUUACUGGCACCUGUGCUGUCUGUAGUGGCCCAUGAUACAGCAGCAUCACCCAAAGCAAGAGCAAAGUGCUGUUGGGCACUUGGCUUAUGCAGUUUCCUAUCUGGAGGAGAGAUGGCUGAUGUUAUUCAUCUGAUGCAGUCAUUGGAAACAAUCUUCUCAGGGUCAUACUUGAAAGGAAAUGGAACCAUUCCAGUAGUAUCUGCAGAGCUUUCGUCACUGCAUGCUGCUGCUCUCUCCGCCUGGAGCCUCCUCCUGACUCUGAUGGCACCGAGCGAUACUUACAUGCUCAUGUCUGAGAAUAGUGAUGGAUUUGCCUCCAAAAUAUACCAGCUGUCUGAAUUGCUGGAUUCAGCUCAUUUGGAUGUGCGAAUGGCAGCUGGAGAGACCAUAGCCCUGGCUUAUGAACUUGGUCGAGAACAUAAUGAUGACUUCCAAAGAGCCACCACACCACAGCUGGUAGAUAAGUUGCGACAGCUUGCUACUGACUCACAUAAGUACCGAGCCAAGAAGGACAGAAAACAGCAACGAUCAAGCUUCCGUGACAUUCUACACUAUGUUGAGGAUGGUGAUCCACCAGACAUCCAGGUGAGAUUUGGUCAAGAAAUACUUGCACUUGAUUCAUGGUGUCGCAAGAAACAAUAUGAUGCAUUCUGUCAGGUACUGGGAUCUGGGAUGAACUUGCAUUUAACUGAGAAUGACCUAGUGCGGGAUAUUUUUGAGCUGGGUGAAAGGUUGUCUCCACCAUACUAUGCAGCAAACAAGCAAACAAAACUUGAACGGCACUUGAUGAAUGCAGCAGCUUACAAAGCCAGGACAAUAUCACGAAACAAACAUCGGGACAAACGUUCGUCUGUCGUGGCUUGCUAAGACUUUCCCUCUUACCAUGGCAUGUUAAAUUAAUCUUCUGUUUGAAAUGUAAAGGUUGUAAUUGUAAAGUGGAUUGGUAAAUUAUAUAAUUAUAUAUUAAUUGCUGCAGUAGCUUAUAUGUGUAGGAAAGGUACUGUUGUGUACAAUGAAGUAUUGUACAGUCAGCUGCAAAAAAACUGACAUUUGAGAGCUGUCUCAGUCCUCAUCAUGAGGGCUCUGAUGUAUGCAGAGCCCAGUAGGUGUCAUAUGUAUACCUUGACUGCCCACUUUUCCAGUGACCACCCAGUCCAGGUGGGUAUAUUUAUGGGAUUUCCUGGGCUUCACAGACAUCAGAUCCCUGAGGACGAGGAUCAAGACGUUUCUCGAAACAUCGGUUUUUUGCAGCUGAUUGCCCGAGAAUGCUUCAUUGAACUCAGUUACCGCAAAAGCUAUAGAUCAUGUAUACUGUUGUGUAGUCUAUAAAUUUUGAAGAAAUUUUAGAAAUUUUCUAUGAUAAUAGUUGGGAUGGGGAAAUCAGUAAUUUUCAAUUGAAAUUUCAUAUUGAAAACUUUUGUAAGUGCUAUGUGUACAAUAUUUGAGCAUUCAACUUUGAAUUGCAAUUUAAAUUUUCUUAAACCUAUUCUUACAGAUGUUCUCAGUUGCUGACAUUUGUAGCUUUUUAAAGUAAAUGUAGUUAUUUAAAUUUUAAGAAUAAUUAGAAUACUGUGGAAUUAAUGUUUUACUGAGAUGUUUUGAUUUGAAAACAAAUUAGCUGAUUUGGUUUUUAAUUUACAGUGUUCUGUUUGAUUUAUUAAGAUAUGUCUUGUAGAUGAAAUGCCAACCUAUAUAAUGUUUUUACUUGUGGGGAAAUAUUCUUCCAAUAAAUUUAAGAACGGUGUCAUUAAAUACUGUUCCCUAAGCCAUGCACAAUAUUUAAUAGUGUAAAAGUAAAUUUUAGGUUCUUUCUGCAGUACCAUACAUUAUUUAAAUUAUUGUCUGAGAACUGGAUAAUUAUGUAUUUGUUGGUGUUAAUGCUGUGUACUAUAUGUUUGGCUAAAUGCUGUUAUGUAUUUGUUAUUUUUUGAUGUAUGGUUAUUCCGCUGGGUAAAUACACUUUUCUGAAAUUUCUGAUUUUGAAUGUAGAAUGUACAUUGAGGUUUGUAUUAGUGUUAAUCUAUUUAGUUGUCUUUCUGGAGUUCUUGACAUGCAGAAGCAUUUUGAAAUGAAUGUGUCAUUGCACUAUGAUGCUCAACUUUUUCAUGCUUUGUUCUAAAUAGUCUUUACUUGAACGUUAGAAAUCCUGUGUUGGGAUUGCAUAAGUAGUAUUUGUUUUUAAAUGACAGUAAAAAUGGAGCCAUCUCUUGGAAAUUGAAGUGGCUUUUUUUAACACUGAAUCUUUCACACAGGCUAGUGACAUAUGUACAUAUUGAUAUCGUUGGGUAGUGGUCUGAUGUGUCAGUGGCUCCUGACUGAGUGACUUGUGUCAUUUCAGAUAUGUUCUGCCUUUAUUCAUACAUCUAAUUAAUAUGUUAGCAAAAUAUGUGAUUCAGUUUAGCUUACGAUCAUUGUAUACAAUAUAUAUUAACUAAGCUUUAAUUGAAUCCCCUGAGUCGAUAGUUGAUCUGUAACAGCAUAAUUUAUAAGGUUAUUAUAAUUACCAUAUACAUGUUGGCACUAGUGAGCUCUCAUGUUCCAUAAAGGGCACAUAUUUUUUUGAUUAACUGAGCAACUAUUAGGUUCUGAAGUAUAUGGAUUUAAUUUAGUUAUUUUUAUGUUGGCCCAAAUUCAUAUUUUUCUAGUGCAACUCUAAAAUGAAUAUAGAAUUUUUCCAGGAAUUGUGUAAUUUGAGGUUCUCGUAGCUGUGAAGAUGUUGGUUGUUUUCUUCGUUGUGUCACUCUGCAAUCUUACGGUUACCAGUGUCCCUUUAGAACUUCAUUAAGCACCUACAAAAACCACAUGGCAUUACAAUGAAGAUCAUCAACAUUUUCAGGACUUUUGAAAUUUGAUGUUUGUAUAGUGGUGACAGUGAAAUGAUCUGAGUUUAGGUACUGUGUAGACUCAUCUAGAUGCCAUUGAGUCCAAGAAACAGUCCCCAUCAUCAGGGCUGAAGUGAUGGUAGGAAGUGGAGGGAUUUCUGGGAUUAGAGGAAGCACCCAGCUGUAUACCUGCUUGUCGACUCCCUGUUGGCUUGGACCUUUUACCCUCCUUAUUUCUCAUCUCUUAUUGGCCCACUCCCUCAGCCUUCUGUUGCUGUAACGCUAUGCAAAUCCCUCCACUUCCCAGCAUCAGCACUUUAGCCCUGAAGAUUGAAACUCUCUGAAGCUUUGGAGUCUACCAGUGAAUCUGUAUAGUGCCAAAACUCUGAAGAACAUAAAUCAUUUUCAGGACUUGGUCACCAUUUCAAUAAAGUAUAUUGGAAUGUGUGUAUGGCAGAGUACUGUUAUAGUAAGAUUUGAGGUUUUCACAGCGGUGAGAAUGAAGAUUUCUGUCUUCUGGGUUGUUGCACUGUGUAGUCUGGUCGAUGUUUACCAACGUUUCAGAGGUCAUACUGCCUCCGUCAUUAGGGUGAUGAAUAUGCCAAUAGGGUGUGUGGGACUAGGUUUAUAGGUGCCAGAAUGUGAAUGGAGUAGCCUGCCCCGACCACACUACACAGCGCAACAACCCAGAAGACAGAAAUUUACUGUUAUAGUGUUAGGAGCCAUUGAUACUUCAUAGAAACAAAUAGGAUUUUAUACUGUUCUGUGUGUGAUAUGCAAUUACAUUGACUGAGGUGGUGUUAAGAAUGUUAUGUAAUACAAAGUAUUCCCUGAGAUUGAUUUUAGACAUUUAGAGUUGUGAUACUUAGUAGUCAAGUUAUGGCUGGGCCAUUGGGAAUUUGGAUAGAAGUCAUAAUGUUCCUUGAGAUUUAAACUAAGGCUCAGUCUUGAGGACUAAAUGUGCUUCCUCCUUUCGUAAUAUUUAUAAAUAUUUUAAAAAAAUUAUGUAAAUACAUUAUUAAUUCAUGAGAAAGUGAUAUGGUAAUCUACUUCCAUUAACCCAUUUGUGUACUGAAAAUGGCUGUCUUUUGGGAUGUCACACCAAGUUGGCAGUAAGUUCCUGUCAGUAUCUACCAAUGCUACAUCCCAGUAGCCAUCUUCAUACUCUUUGCCAUGACAACCUAAAAUCUCACCAUUUGCAUACUGUUUGAUUUUGUCUGUUCAACGUUUUUAAAAUGUGAAUAAUUAGAAAAUAUUUAAAAAUUAUCAGAAAACUUGUGUAUUGGUAUUGUCAGAAGGAGAAUGAUUCUCAACGCGUGAUAUUUCAAAACAGCCAGAGUAGCCCACCUGAAUGGAUGGAAGUCCUAUGGCCAUCAGAGUAUGUUAGGGUUUCAGUCAUUAUGGUAAAGCACUUUUUAAGCAAAGUAAUUGCAUACAGAAACUUCAGUGAUAGGGAAUGUAGCAUUUGUCAGUUUGUUACUUAAAUGUUUUUUGAUAGUCUGGUUUCAAAAAUCCAGUUGAAUUAUCAGAAGUUUAAUUCUUUUAGAAAAAUGCUGUAGGCUGUUGAAAAUACACUGAAAUUUCAGGUUUCUGCAUGUUGAUUGAUGUGAUUGUUAAACUUGCAUACACACAGAAAUUGGCAAUUACAGUUCUCUAUCAGAUUAUUUUACAUUUACUGUAGUGAUAAUUAAUGCACUCCAUGUUCUGAAUUGGGGGAUGAUGUUCUUCUGAGGAUAUAGUCUUUUAUUUCUGGAUGUAACAGAUAAAGUUACAGUUUUGUGGUGUUCAAGGCAUCUCUCUUGUUCUUUGGAUUUAUCUGUAUAAACUAUUUGCUUCCAGGAAAGAUGAAACCUGGAAUUUGUCAUUGUAUUUAAGACAUAGCUACAAGAUGGUUUGGAAGUUUUUAAUGGUAUUAUAUGUGCAUAUAUAAGUUUAAAGAGUUUAAUGUACUGCAGGCAGUGCUUCUACAUAAUAGAACUUAGAUUUAUUGGUUUUUAAGUGUUUUAGAGUGUUAUAAUCUGAAAUAUGUUGUCAGUGCUCUGUGUAAUACCCCAGACAAGCAACCAUAAACAGACAGCUGAUAUAUUGGAAAACCAUACCUGUAGAUCAAUGUGAAAGAAGAUCAGAAUUAUGAAAGCAGCAGACAGUGAAGUCUUGGAUGUUCGGUCUCCUUAAUCAGAUUCAGUAAAAAAAAUUAGUUCCAAAAAUUGACAUCUGAAGGUAUUUUAAAAGUCUGCUUUGAAAUAAUUUAGCAGUGCCCACAGAUUUGAUGUUGAAGGAAACAUCAGCAAAUCAAUUUGACACCUCUUUACUGUUUAUUUAAUCUGAUGGAAAGCUAAGCAUUCUUAAGCAUAAAAGUUUUAGUUAAGUUUGACUUGUGCCAACUACUCCUAGUCCAUACAGAAACAUAUCAAUUGUUUCAAUGUGUACAGUACAAUGGAAACCCUAUGUCGUAUGUUUCGCAUUUAUAACCCAAUUCCAGUGAUCCCAUGUAAAUAAUCUUACUGCUGCAUUUCCAUCAUGUAAAGUUCUCGGUUUGCUGUUGAAAUCCAACCUAUUCCCCCCUCUAAGAGGAAUCUCACAUAUUUACUCGCCAGUCUUAUGAUCUUACACCUUCAGUGGUUGUAGGUUGUUCUGGCAGAAGAAAGACAAGUCAAAUUUGAUGUUAUGCCUUGUAUCUGUGUCACUAGUGCUUACAUGAUGUAAAUUUGUUUUUAAUUUAUUUGUUACUUUGCUGAAGAUGAUGUAUGUGACAAAACAGGAAAUUUCUACAUUUCUGUCUAAGUCCCUUUUUUCUGGGCUUCCCAGAAAGUGAUGCAUUAUUUUUUCUUCAUUUCUAGAAUCAAAAUUUUUUCUAAGACGCGGGAAAUUUUCAUGAAAUGUGACUGGGUGUAUUAACUACACACAAUAUUUACCCACGUAAUCUGUCCAGCCCAGUGGCCUCACACUUGCAGGAUACUGGCAUGUGUUUCUUUACUUGUAUUUGUUCUUUCCUGCCUCAUGAAGGCACUUCAUCCUUUGAAUCAUCACAUUAUCAUCCUUAAAAAUUGUGCCACAGUUGACAUAUUUCAGGCACCUGCAAAUGUGAAGGUUUGAAGGUACGGGUUUUAAGCUGUUUGCUGGAUGGAGCACCUUCGUACAUUAAAGUUUCGUGAUUGUUUACUUGGUCGUUAUAUAAGUAUGUGCAUUGCUGCAGAGAAAUAGGACAUGUGCUACAUUUAUGUAAGGUUUAAUAUGCUGAAAAUGCUUCUGGAGUGUUUUUGCUGUGUCACUCUUUAAUAUGUGAAGGAAUUUCCUUAAAUUUAUUCUUUGAAGAUUUAGGCUUCUUCUGCCUUGUAGUGUUAUCAGCUGCAAACAGAUUUUCUCGUGCUGAAUUUGUUUUUGGGCAUUAGCUGUUGAACCUUAAAAAAUCCAAGCAUUGAUUUAUGUUAAUUAUUUAUAGUUGCCAGUAGUAGUGUCAGCUCCCUGGUUGUGAUACAUCAGUCGUCAUUACAUCAGCGCAAUUCAACAUCUCAAAUGUUGGUACUUUAGGAUGAGUACGCAGCUAAUCAUGGAGUUUAGCUUGUCCUGGCAAGUAACAAUGCUUCUGUUUCACUGUUGUCUCCAUAGACAUUUUUGGUGAAUGAGACUUGGUUUUUAUGACAGGUAACUCUUAUGUAGGGUAUAAGUGAAUAUUCAGUAUAAUAAUUUAAUAUUUCUUAAUUUUCUUAUUAUUACCAUACUGUUCACAAAGAAGUACAUGCAUUAAAAUUCCUUACGUUCCUACUCACAUAUCCCGUGUGGAAUUUUUUUUCUUGAACAUGGUGGUUUCUUAUAUGAAUACUAUCAACAUCUUUAGCCGCAUAUGUGCUUUUCUUGGCCAUUUUCCACAGAGGAUGAAUUUAGGUGAUGCUGGCCAGUGAAAUGGAACCAUGACCAGUCUCUUUUAAGAAAGGGGUUCGUUGAGGGGAUAACGUGAUGCUCUGCCAUCUUGUUCGAAUUAUCCAGCGUGUCUGGUGUAGUAUGUCAAUAUAUUCUCUUAACAUAAACAUGGUCCUUGCUCUUGAUAUUUUUAAUGGAGAAGAAAUGCAGACCAAGUAUGCUAGUAGGUGUGAUUGCACACUACGUGUUUACACUUCCCAAAUCCCUUUCAUAUUCAUCUGUGACUCGUAAACUUUUAAAAAAUGGAAACAAUAAAUAAUUGUCAGUUUACUUGACCAUUCACUGGCUGCUUCAUCACUGAAUAUAAUUAAUAAUGACUGUUCAUGUUCAUUGGCUUUUAUCGCUAGCAGCGUAUUACUACACUUAUCAUGGUACUGCAUAUCACAGUUGGAUUAUGCUUGUACUAUAUGUAUAUGAUGUGGAUGAAUACUUGGAUUUUUAGUUAAUAUCCCCCAAAAAGUGGAUGGUGUGAGUUAACUUUUGAUGGAAUGCUUGGUUGUGGAUAUUUUAGGAAUUUGUAUUAAAUUACACUUACAUGAUUGUUGCCUUGGUUCAUGCAGCUCUGUGGAACUCGGCAUUGAGUAACUUUGUAAUUGUCAGCAGUAGACCCAGUGUGCACAAACUUGUCUUAAAUACUAAAAAUUUUCUUCUACAAGACAGUUUAAUAUUAAAAAUAUUCUGGAGUGGUAUGAUUCUGGUGACUGGAAGAUUUUAAUUCAGUCAGCAAAGUUAUUUCAUUGUUGCUACUUUAAUGUAGCAGCUGUGUUGAUGGUCUACUGCAGUUCAAAAUAAAUAUAUAAAAGUGUUGACAUUUUUAUAAAUGACCUCGUGUUUUCAUUCAGUUUUCCAUAAAACUGAGUCAUUAGAUGUAGAAAUAUGAUUGAGAUAUUUGUAAUAUUUAUAUAAUUUUCUUCAUAUUUGUAAUCACAUUAUUUUUGUGGUCCUAAUGUUUUGAUCAGCAUUGUUUUACAUAAUACUGUUUUAUGUAAGGUAGAGUUGCAUCAACAUCAUUUUAAAGAAAAUUAUUGGAUAACUAAUGUGCUGUCCUUGGACUUCUAUUGGUCCUUAAUAACAGUGGUGACAAUAAUUUGUUGAGUUAAAACACUUUAAUGUGCAUGUCUUAAUCUUGUUAUCCUAAUGAAUCAGAGAAAGAAUUUGACAAAAUGUGUGUUGUAAGAUCAUAAGUUCUGCAUGUGAGUAAUAAAAACUAUUAACAUCCAUAAAAAUUGAAGUGAAUAUUGUAAA